AUGGCACUGAACCAGGAUGAAAUAAUAGAAGGAAUGGAGAUUAAAAUGGAAGUGGAAGAAGUGGCAACCAAUUCUGAAGUGCAGGUAGAUGUUGCUGGCAGUGAAGAGUCAGAUAAAGCCUUGUCCAAUAGUAACCUCGCAACACCUAAAAGGGGGCGGGGUAGGCCACCCAAAUAUGGAUCAGUCUCCAAGUCAGAUAAAUCCUUGUCUAAUGGUAACCCCUCAAUACCUAAGAGGGGAAGGGGUAGGCCACCCAAAUAUGGAUCAGUCUCCAAGUCAGAUAAAUCCUUGUCUAAUGGUAACCCCUCAAUACCUAAGAGGGGAAGGGGUAGGCCACCCAAAUAUGGAUCAGUCUCCAAGUCAGAUAAUGCCUUUUCUAAUUGUAACCCUUCAACACCUAAGAGAGGUAGACCUAAAGGAUCAGUGUUUAUGAAAACCAAGAUGCUGAAGGUGAUCGGCCUCGCGGCGGCUUGCCUACCCCGAAAACCAGAUGACCCCUCCCCAAAGAAGAGUGGCCCGUCCAGUGAAGUUGAAUCGACAAGGAAGAGCCUAACACCCAAGGGGGAAGAGGAUAGAAAACUGGAAAGCCAAGCAAGGCGGCCCCCCGGAAGGCCGCGUAUCAAUCCACGCAUUGAUUCUCCAGUCACUGAGCCCAGGGGAAGAGGUCGCCCACGCAAGACAGAGGAUGCCACCAAGUCCCCCAUCUAUGAUGGUCCCCCACGGAAAAGGGGCAGUCCCCCUGGUGCAGCAAACAAAGUUAAGAGGGGGGCAGAGCAGGAUAAGGACAACGGUGAACCUCCAGUCAAACGCCCCUUCCACGCCAAAGAAAAAAGCAAGGAAGCAGGAUUUCCACCAGUGGAAGAAAGUGAUCAGGAAGAUGAAACGGGGAAGGUGGAAUAUAGAGAAGACCCCAAGAAUCCAGUUACCCCCAGUGACCCCACUAGCUUUCUCUGGGCAAGUCACAUAACACCUAAGAGAGGUAGGCCGAAAGGAUCGGUCUCCAAGUUACUGGGUAGCCCCAUAACACCUAACAGAGGUAGGCCGAAAGGAUCCGUCUCCAAGUUACUGGGUAGCCCCAUAACACCUAACAGAGGUAGGCCGAAAGGAUCGGUCUCCAAGUUACUGGGUAGCCCCAUAACACCUAACAGAGGUAGGCCGAAAGGAUCGGUCUCCAAGUUACUGGGUAGCCCCAUAACACCUAAGAGAGGUAGGCCGAAAGGAUCCGUCUCCAAGUUACUGGGUAGCCCCAUAACACCUAACAGAGGUAGGCCGAAAGGAUCGGUCUCCAAGUUACUGGGUAGCCCCAUAACACCUAAGAGAGGUAGGCCGAAAGGAUCGGUCUCCAAGUUACUGGGUAGCCCCAUAACACCUAACAGAGGUAGGCCGAAAGGAUCGGUCUCCAAGUUACUGGGUAGCCCCAUAACACCUAACAGAGGUAGGCCGAAAGGAUCGGUCUCCAAGUUACUGGGUAGCCCCAUAACACCUAACAGAGGUAGGCCGAAAGGAUCGGUCUCCAAGUUACUGGGUAGCCCCAUAACACCUAACAGAGGUAGGCCGAAAGGAUCGGUCUCCAAGUUACUGGGUAGCCCCAUAACACCUAACAGAGGUAGGCCGAAAGGAUCGGUCUCCAAGUUACUGGGUAGCCCCAUAACACCUAACAGAGGUAGGCCGAAAGGAUCGGUCUCCAAGUUACUGGGUAGCCCCAUAACACCUAACAGAGGUAGGCCGAAAGGAUCCGUCUCCAAGUUACUGGGUAGCCCCAUAACACCUAACAGAGGUAGGCCGAAAGGAUCGGUCUCCAAGUUACUGGGUAGCCCCAUAACACCUAACCGAGGUAGGCCGAAAGGAUCUGUCUCCAAGUUACUGGGUAGCCCCAUAACGCCUAAGAGAGGUAGGCCGAAAGGAUCUGUCUCCAAGUUACUGGGUAGCCCCAUAACGCCUAAGAGAGGUAGGCCGAAAGGAUCGGUCUCCAAGUUACUGGGUAGCCCCAUAACACCUAACAGAGGUAGGCCGAAAGGAUCGGUCUCCAAGUUACUGGGUAGCCCCAUAACACCUAACAGAGGUAGGCCGAAAGGAUCGGUCUCCAAGUUACUGGGUAGCCCCAUAACACCUAACAGAGGUAGGCCGAAAGGAUCAGUAUUUACACAACCCAAGAUACUGAAGGUGAUCGGCCUCGCGGCGGCUUGCCUAACCCCAAACCCAGAUGACCCCUCCCCAAAGAAGCGUGGCCGGCCCAGUAAAGUUGAAUCGACAAGGAAGAGCCUAACACCCAAGGGGGAAGAGGAUAGAAAACUGGAAAGCCAAGCAAGGCAGCCCCCCGGAAGGCCGCGUAUCAAUCCACGCAUUGAUUCUCCAGUCACUGAGCCCAGGGGAAGAGGUCGCCCUGGUGCAGCAAACAAAGUUAAGAGGGGGGCAGAGCAGGAUAAGGACAACGGUGAAACUCCAGUCAAAUGCAACUUUCACUCCAAAGACAAAACAGAGGAAGCAGGAUUUCCACCAGUAGAAGAAAGUGAUCAUGAUGAAACGGGGAGGGUGGAUGAAGAAAGUGAAACGGGGAAGAAUAUAGAGAAGACCCCACAAAGCCAGUUACCCCCAGUGACUGUAAUAGCUUUAUCGGUGCCAUAAGCAGGAUAAUGUUUGGCGACAGCUCAGCCAGCGACGGUACCACUUUAUCUAGUUUGUAAAAAUGUGUGUGCCAGUAUAGCCUGAUUUUUGAUAGAAAACUACAUGAUCAGAUGAGGGUGGCCUGUUAGGGUGAUCACUGUCAUGAACAUACACAGAAAAAAAGGAAAAAAAACGCAGCUUGUAAAGUGUUGCUCCCAUGUUUCAUGAGCUGAAAUAAAAGAUCCCAGACAUUUUAAAUACGCACAAAAAGCAACUCAAAUUGUGCAAAAUGUGUGUUUACAUUCCUGAUAGUGAGCAUUUCUCCUUUGCCAAGAUAAAUCCAUCCACCAGACAGGUAUGCCAUAUCAAGAAGCUGAUUAAACAGCAUGAUCAUUACACAGCACAACCUUGUGCUGGGGACAUAAACGGCCACUAAAAUGUGCGGUUGUCGUCACACAAGUUGAGUGUGCAAUGUUGACUGCAGCAAUGUUCACCAGAGCUAUUGCCACAAUUUCAUUUUAUCGAUGGAAAUUUGAACGCACAGAGAUUAGUGUGACAACAUCCUGAGGCCCAUUGUUGUGCUAUGUAUCUGCCGCCAUCACCUCAUGUUUCGGCAUGAAAAUGCACAGCCCCAAGUCACAAAGAAAUGUACACAAUUCCUGGAAGCUGUAAAUGUACCAGUUAUUCCAUGGCCGGCAUACUCACCAGACAUGUCACCCAUUGAGCACGUUCGGGAUCCUCUGGAUCAACAGCAUGUUCCAGGUCCCGCCAAUAUCCAGCAACUUCACACAGCCAUUUAAGAGGAGUGGGACAACAUUCCACAGGCCACAAUCAACAGCCUGAUCAACUCUAUACGAAGGCGAUCUCACGCUGCAUGAGGCAAAUACUGACUGUUUAUGAGCCACACCCCCUGCUUGUUUUAAAGGUAUCUGUGACCAAAAGAUGCAUAUCUAUUCCUAGUCAUGUGAAAUCCAUAGAUAAAAAAGGUCUAAUUCAUUUAUUUCAAUUGACUAAUUACCUUAUAUGAACUGCACUUCAUGUUGAAUUUUUAUUUUUGUUCAGUGUAGAUAUUGCAUUCACCUUUUUAUGGGGUUAAAAUGGUUGUUAUUUGGACUGUGCAACUUUCAAUUCAACAUCCCUAAAAAUGUAUCCAUUAAGACGUACAGAUACUCACUUCUGUGAGGGUUUUGUUCACUAAUAUUAUCCUUGUAGUUUUCUUAACAUUACUCAGAUCUUUAGGAUUUAGACUUCUGUACUUUGUUGGCUGUCAGUCCUGAUAACUACUUUUUGAUUGUACCUGGGCCCGGUUUCCCAAAAGCAUCUUAAGGCUAAGUUCGUAGUUAGAGCCAUAGGAUCCUAUGGUUCUCAUGAACGUAGCCUUAAAAUGCUUUUGGAAAACUGGGCCCAGGGGAGUAACAUUUCAAACGGGGACAGCUUGUGUGAGAUUUUUCUAGGUUUAGUCUCAAUUGAGUCUUCACAUUUUAGUCAACAUUUUCUAUAAUCAUGUUAUUGUCUGUCGGUGACAUUUUAAUGUCUGAGGGUAGUAUGAAUUAGUUGUUUUCAGUGACUAAAUUGUGUAAGUUUACUGCAGUAAAAUGUCAGACGUAUUACAUUUGAUGUUUUUUUAAAUCUCAAUAAAAAGCAAAAAAAAGGCAA